AUGCACUCAACAAUUGUUUUUACAUUAUUCUUGGCCUUAUUCAUGAUCACUUUCAUCAACAUGGGCAAUGCUCGUCAAAUACGAAUGGAUGACGAUGAUGAUGAUCUCGGAAUCGAAAUAGCAGAUGCUAAAGCGCGCUCAUUUUUGGAUUCGGAUGAAGAUUUUAUGAAACGUGCCGAUAGUAAUUGUCCAAUUUGUAGCACGUUAACACGCAGUCGUUGCUGUGCACCGAACUUAUGUGUGAAAAAAACAUUUCAUAAUGAAUGUAUCAAAAUCAAAACUGGUAAAUAA